GGCACUGUCCGUGACGUCAUAACCAGCUCGUACUCUGAUUGGCUGCCUUGCAUAAAGGUCGUUUUAGGAAGAAGAAGACAGCCAUCUUCGUGAGGUCGAAAGAUGCCCAGACAUUGCUCUGCCACUGGCUGCAAGUCACGUGACAACAAAGAAGCUCGUUUAGCUGGAGUCACCUUUCACAGGCUGCCAAAGAAAGGAAACCCUCGCCGGGCCACCUGGAUUGUCAAUGCUCAGCGCAAGGGUCCUGGAGGAAAGGGGCUUUGGGAGCCUCAGAGCGACUACAUCUAUUUUUGCUCUAAACAUUUCACACCUGACAGCUUUGAACUCUCUGGAGUCAGUGGAUACCGCAGACUGAAAGAUGAUGCCGUGCCUAUGCUGAUUGAAACCCCUUCUGGGCUAAAAGGCAAAUCCUCUAGACGAAGAAACAAAACACGGAAUGAGGACCAGCAGUCGAGCACUACAGGUAAAACUAACAAGGAGAGCUCAAACAGUAAGGAUACCCAAAUUAAAGAGCCUCUCAUAGACGUUGUGGGAGACGAAGAAGCAGAGAGCAACAAGACAGCCAAUGAAGAACAUAAAAAAGAAAAACCAUCUCUGUUACCCUUACCUUUAAAAGAGUCUGUACCUGAUCAAGUCACAGAGACCCCUUCUACUCCACCUUCUCCAUCCCGCUACAUGAGGCGCCUCCCUCCGCCUCCGGGCUUUUACCUGGCCAAAGAGCACAGCUACGCUCAGCUCUGCCCGCUGGAGUGGCGGAAACGCAAUGAAAAAGCUACAGACAAUUUGGAAAAGGCGCUGCGUUUGCUCAGGUCUGCCCGUCGCCGGGAGAACCGUCUCCGGAUCACACUCCUGCGUCUUCAAGACAACAGACUCAAGCAGACUUUAUCUCAGAUUCAAGAUAGACGGAAGGAGACUCAGGAAAGCCAAAGUAGGUCGGGUCAGGGACGUCAGAGCGGUAAGCUGAGUAGGUCGGGCCAGGACAGGGGUCUGGAAAGGAUGGAAGAAAAUGAGAUGGAGGGUGCUGGUGAAAUAAUAGAGCUUCUUACAGAAGAAAGUUGGGGGAAGGAACAUACCACUAAGCUGAAGUAUGGUGUGGAAGACGAGGAAGGGUGCUGUUUUUAUUGUGGACGAGGAAGAGAAGAUGAGGAAUCCAAAGUAGGCAGGAAUCAAGUGGGACCUCACAGAAGCACAGGUAGAAGAGGAAGAGGAAGGAACGUGUCCAAUGUGUUGCGAGAAACAGUUCAGGAAAUGGCUGAAUCAAAGGGCCAAUCAAAACCAUCUGUGCAUCAGAACAUCAAUUCUGAUCAGCUUACCCUUCUUCACUCUCACCCUGAAAUGCUCCUGCAGAUGCAUGCACUUCCUGGACCUACACAAUCCACAGCAACGUUCCAAGAACCUUUACCUCAGCUACAGCACCUCCACCUCCUACAACCCGAUCUGAGCCUUCUCCAUUCAGAUGCGGCAACCACUGACAUUAGCAUCACCCAGAGCGAGGACGCAGGAGGUGGGAUGUGUCAUGUGUUUCUGGUUCCUGUGUCUUCUGAAACCAAAGAGAAGAGCACAAUUGGUGUAGAUGGCUUGAUUCAGAGAACCCAGUCAGUACUGGUGGCAGAAGAAACCCUCCAGCACAUCGUCAGCGAACAAGGAGAUGGGCUAACCAUUCAGAGUGACGACAUGGGGUUAAGCCAUAGCGAACAGAGGGUUAGUCAAAAUGACCAGCAGAUAAAUGUCAGAAGCAUGCUGGUGGGUGAAGACGUGGCGCAGAGACUUAAGGAACAUCUAGAAGGUUUUCAGCUGCAGCUAAGCAGUGAAUUUAUUGAUUAGUCAUGCUAAUUAUUAUUAUUAUCUUUUUUUUUUUUUUUGCUUAGCCAUUAAAACUGGUUCGCCGACUAUA